AUGCGCAGCGUCACCGCCCACACACUCGCUUGGACUCGCUUUUGCGCAUCCGGCACAAUCUUCGAGGGCCGCGUCCACAGCAGCAAGAAGUACGUCAGGACCGUCUUCACCAAGUACCCCAGCGCGGACCUCAACAGCCUCGGCCUCAACGAGAGCUAUAGGCUUCCUAAAGCCAACAAUUCCUACUGA